GCCAUGGGCCUCAUCUCGAGCUGUUGCUCGCAUGAUGCGAGCGUGGAAGCGGAAGAGAACAAGUCGACCAUGCGGAAGGAGCCAGCGCCGCCGGCAGACGAUGCGGACAUGGCUGCAGCGCCUGCAGCAUCCAGGGAGAAGGACCGGAUGCUGGCAGAAAAGCCCGACACGGAGACGCCGAGCGGCUCAGAGUACGAGAUCACUCUGGACAAGUCCGCAGGCAAAAGGUUGGGCAUCGAUGUGGACCACAAAGAUGGGAAGACGCUGCUCAUCGAAUGCAUCAACGAAGGCUUGGUGAAGGAUUGGAACGACCAGGCAGAAUCUGGGACAAAGGUGCAGAUCAACGACCGCAUAACUGAGGCUGACCUGAUAGCGCGCUGA